UACUUACAUAGGAAACCAACCAGAACACACAACCCAAAGCAAGAAAACGAACAAACGAACAAAGCAGGAUGUCCAGAUUACCACCCUCAUCAGCACUCUCAUCGAGAAGCUACGGAGGUUACCGAGCGAAUAACCCGGGCCCUAACGCCGGAUCUGGCUUCCAAAUCGUUGAAUGUCCAAACAUGCAACUCGCUUUCUCUAACUGUUUGAUAGUCAGUCCUCAAGAUUUGGGAAGACAUCAGUAUGUCAGAGUCAAAGAUCAAUUCAUCUUCACAACAAAGCCCGACAAAGCCAUACAACCUGGAACAGUGGGUUGUAUGAAAGCACAGCGAGCGUGGGCCAAGUUAUCCACCAUGGGUGAUGUCGUCAAUAUCAACCCAUUCGAUCCUCAGAGAGAACUUGGCUCGAAUUGCUAUUUGGCCGAAUUAGACCUUGAAUUAGGUUGGUGGCAUCAAGGAAGUGCAACACCUGGCUCAGUAUUUGAUGCCGAAGAACUCUCUCAAUUGAUCACAAGAUCAUUUGAUUCGCUCAUAUUCUCCGUAGGGCAGCCCUUGGUAUUCGAGAUGAAUGGGGAAAAGCUCAGGGCGAUCGUCACCGCUGCACGAACGGUAGAUAUUCAAGCCUUGGCAGACGUCUCAGACGACCCACAAGACGCAACCAUGGGCAUCCUGAUGGCCAACACGAUCAUCAACGUCACCAAAUCACCCGAGGCCUCCCUCAAGAUCAAAGCUAGCAGCAAGCGCGCUGCUCCCAACGCUAUCAUCAAACCAAAUUUCAAAUUUCAGGAUAUGGGAAUCGGUGGUCUGGAUUCUGAAUUCGGUGCGAUCUUUCGGAGAGCUUUUGCUAGUCGUAUCUUUCCACCCGGAAUGGUUGAAAAAUUAGGUAUUCAACAUGUCAAAGGUUUACUACUGUUUGGUCCUCCUGGUACUGGAAAGACGUUGAUGGCUAGACAGAUUGGGAAGAUGUUGAAUGCCAGGGAACCCAAGAUCGUCAACGGGCCAGAAAUCCUGAAUAAAUUUGUCGGAGAAUCAGAGAAGAAUAUCCGAGAACUGUUUGCAGAAGCGGAAGUGGAAUAUAAAGCCAAGGGAGACGAAUCAGGUCUACACAUCAUCAUCUUUGACGAGUUGGAUGCGAUUUGUAAGCAGAGAGGAUCGACGGGUGGCGGGACUGGCGUCGGAGAUUCGGUCGUCAAUCAACUGCUGUCGAAAAUGGACGGAGUCGAUCAAUUGAAUAACAUCCUGAUCAUCGGAAUGACCAAUCGAUUGGACAUGAUUGAUGAAGCAUUACUUCGACCAGGUCGAUUAGAAGUUCACAUGGAAAUCUCCUUGCCAGAUGAGAAUGGCAGAUUACAAAUCUUGAACAUCCAUACUGCCAAGAUGAGGAUGAAUAACGUGAUGUCUGGGGAUGUCCUCUUGACGGAGCUAGCAGCAUUAACCAAGAACUUCUCGGGAGCUGAGCUGUCUGGAUUAGUUAAAUCAGCUACUUCAUUUGCAUUCAAUCGGCACAUCAAGGUUGGAACCACCGCUGGUGUGGGUGAUGAUCUAGACCAGAUGCAAGUCAAUCUAGACGACUUCUUGAACGCCCUUGAUGAAGUCAAACCCGCAUUUGGUGUCGCCGAAGAGGAACUCAAAUCGGUUAUUCAAAACGGGAUCAUCAAAUUCUCUCCUCUAAUCGAUGAAAUCCUUCACGAUGGCAAACUGUUUGUAGAACAGGUUCGGACGAGUACUCGGACGCCCUUAGUCAGUGUAUUGAUACAUGGUCCUCCUGGUUCUGGAAAAACAGCUUUAGCUGCAUCGAUCGCACAAGCGUCCGACUUUCCAUUCAUCAAGUUGAUCGCACCCGAAAAUAUGGUCGGCUACUCCGAAGCGCAAAAGAUCAACUAUCUUUAUAAAGUCUUUUCUGAUAGUUACAAAAGUCCAAUGAGCGUGAUUGUUGUCGAUAAUAUCGAGAGAAUCUUAGAUUGGGUUCCGAUUGGCCCAAGAUUUUCGAAUGGAGUGUUACAAGCCUUAAUGGUAUUACUAGGCAAACGGCCGCCGAAGGGGAAACGGUUGUUAGUAUUAGCGACUUCGUCCAGUCGGACGAUGUUACAAGACAUGGGCAUGUCGGAUACAUUUGCAGCAGACAUUCGGGUCCCGCCGAUCGACACUCUUCGCUCGUUGGAGAUCGUGAUCAAGGAUGUCAAUCUGUUUAGCGAUCAAGGCUCGUUCUCGAGAGCGAUGGCUCUGUUGGAUCAAGCUGGCUUUGGAGAGGAGGGCCGGUUGGCUGUCGGGAUCAAGAAGCUGCUGAAUAUCGCGGAGAUGUGUAGACAAGACGAGGGUCGAGCGGCUGAUAAACUCGUCAUGGAAUUAAUGGGCUUGGGAAUGUAAUCAAGCGGUCGACACUGACCCGAACAGAAGAAUAGAGAAAGGAUCGUCAAAAAAAGGGAAAUCGAAUGCAUUUAUUUUAAAUUCCAGCUCUUGCCGUUAAUUCACACAAGCACAUACAUGUUUUGUAUAUAAUGUAUUUCACCUUUCUAUAUUUACCCUUUCUUUCCUGUCUGCAUAGUUCUUCCACCAAAUACAUAAUAUUGUUGUAAUCAUAGAAUUGUUUGAAUUCUUACCUAUUUAACAUAGAUUUUUUUGUCUUCAUAGACUUUAUAGAGCAACGCCUUUUUUUAUAUAAAAUAAACAAAGUAUUUCUUGAUAAUCUUGAUUUGAAAAUCUUAGUGGGAAAUUAGUGGGAAUACUACAUGGAAAUAAAAUUGAACUUGAC